AUGGCGCCGCUUGAGCAGCAAUGGGUCAAGGUCCAGCAGAAGACCUUCACCAAGUGGCUGAACAGCAAACUCAAGAUCCGAGAUGUCGAAAUCCAGGACCUGAUCACAGACCUGUCUGAUGGCAUCAGCCUCAUCCACCUCCUCGAGAUCCUCAGCAACGAAUCGCUCGGCCGCUAUGCCUCCCGCCCGAAGCUGCGAGUGCAGAAGUUCGAGAAUGUCAACAAGUCCCUGGACUACAUCCGCAGUCGCGGCAUCCAGAUGACCAACAUCGGCGCAGAAGAUGUGGUAGACGGCAACAGCAAGAUCAUUCUAGGUCUGAUCUGGACGCUCAUUCUGCGCUUCACCAUCAGCGACAUCAACGAAGAGGGUCUGAGUGCAAAGGAAGGUCUGUUGCUAUGGUGUCAGCGCAAGACAGCCUGCUACGACGAGGUGGAAGUGCGCGACUUUUCCACCAGCUGGAACGACGGUCUGGCUUUCUGCGCCCUCCUGGACAUUCACCGCCCCGACUUGAUCGACUACGAUAGUCUCGACAAGAGCGACCACCGCGGCAACAUGCAGCUUGCCUUCGACAUUGCUUCCAAAGAGAUCGGCAUUCCAGACCUGCUCGACGUGGAAGACGUGUGCGAUGUAGCGAAGCCUGACGAACGCUCGCUCAUGACAUACAUUGCUUACUGGUUCCACGCCUUCUCGCAGAUGGAGCGAGUCGAAAACGCAGGCCGACGAGUGGAGAAGUUUGUGCAGAACAUGCAAGGUGCAUGGCAGAUGCAAAACGACUUCGAAGAACGCAUGCGGAAACUUCUCGCAGCAAUUGCCGCGCAGCGAACGCAGUGGGAAGAGGCCAAGUUCGACGGCACAUACACGGACGCCAGAAAUCAGUCGACUGAGUUCACAGCAUGGAAACGCAAGAGCAAGCGCAAUUGGGUCGCAGAGAAGUCGGAUCUGGCUGGGUUGCUGGGAAACAUCAAGACCAAACUGGCAACCUAUCGCUUACGGCCAUACGAUCCUCCAGCGGAGCUGAGCCUGGAAACGUUGGAUACGGCAUGGGCAGGUUUGAUGAAAGCGGAGCGUGACCGCUCACAAAUCAUCAAUGAAACGAUCCGUGACAUCAAAAACGCUCUCCGCAAGUCGUUCGCAGACAAAGCUAACGACUUUGCCCUCGCACUGAACACACUUGGUACAUCCAUAUCAGCGCUAGAGGGCGAAGUUGAGGACCAGCUGGAGCACACUAAAGAGAUCAGCAAAUCCCUCGCGCCAUUGGAUGAAUACUUGAACCUCAUCGCAUCGAUUGACGAACAGUGCGCCGAAGCAAAUAUCGAAGAGAACGACUUCACAACAUACACGUACGAUGAACUGGAGUACGAGCUGAGCCUGGUGCGCAACUCUGUCUCUAAAAAGCUCGCUUUCCUGGAGAAUCAGAUGGUUGCCCGUAACAUGACCAACCUGACCCCGAUACAACUUGAAGAAUUCGAGUCGGUAUUCCGACAUUUCGAUCGUGACUUGUCGAAUUCGCUGGCCGAGCUGGAGUUCUCGGCAGCUCUGGCAAGUCUAGGUCUUGUGUAUGACGACGAAGAGAUGCACCAGAAGUUCCGCGAAACGAGUGGUGGUCGUGACUAUGUCACUUUUGAGCAGUUCAUUCGCUUCAUGGUCGAUGAGACAGAGGAUCAAAACACUGCUGAGCAAGUGUUCGAAUCGUUCAAGGAGGUUGCUGAUGGCAAGCCGUAUGUUACUGAGCUUGAUCUCCGUCACUCUCUCGUCCCUGACGAAGUCAUCGACGACCUUGUUGCCACCAUGCCAGAACACAAAGGUCCGGAUAUGCAAGAGGACCGCGACAUUGCCAAAUACGACUACAUCACGUAUAUGGAGCGGUACAUGGGUGCAAAACGUGAACAGCAGCAGGUAAAUGGUGGAUAG